AUGACACCGAAGAUCAUUCUCAUGACUGUCACAAUCUGCCUGAUCCGGAAAAAAGACUCCAUCAAGGUCAACAUGGAUUGGGCUCAAGAGCCCGUCAAGCUUGAAGUCGUCAAGGUCAAAAAGCUGAAUUUGACGAUGCUGAAAAAGAUAAUCCAACUGCAAGGCGCUGGAGAACCGUUCCAAGAGAUGGACAUCCAUCGAAAUGAGAAGCUAGACACGGUUGUAAUUGGCUCGUGUGCAGUUUUGCGACUAGGCAACCACAUGGACAAUAUCAACUGUUAUAGCGAUUGGGGCGUUGGUAAUUCAAUUAACCGGAAUGUAAUCACCAAGGAUACACCGGUUUUGACCACCGUACAUGAUGUACAAGUGUAUGACACACAGCCGGAAAAUCUUUUCAAUAGCUACGACCUGUCUCUCGACUUGAUUGUCAUAUGGACCGAGGUUGUCUGCCAGAGCAAGCUGAUGCCACGCUCUGCGGGCAUUGAGUUGAAGUUAUUGUCAUCGAGAUGCCUGGUAAUCUUUCAGGCGCUGAACUGCAUCAAGAAGUUUGAAGAGCAGUCCGGCAAAGAAAUCGAUUUGGAAGCCGAAGACACCGAUGUUGAGAAUUACCUACAGAAAUUCCGUCAGAACAAACGUUCAUUUCGACGUAACCAGUCAGGCCAACGACGUCACCGUCGGUCAGACCGGCGAGUGAACGAGAAGCAACAGAACAGGGAUGCUGAUGGUCAUGACGGGGAAGGUGAGAAACCCGAAGGGGAAGCAGCUAAAAGUAGCAAUCAAGGUGGCGAUGGUCCACAGUGA